AUGCCACUUUAUGCCAAGUUCUUGAAGGAUCUCAUAACCAAAAAGAGGAACUGGGAAGCAAAGGAAACCAUAGUGUUGACUGAGGAGUGCAGCACCAUCAUACAAAAGAAGUUACCUCAAAAGCUGAAAGAUCCAUGGAGUUUUCAAAUCCCCUGCAUCAUAGGGGACAUCACUAUUGAGAAAGCUUUGUGCGAUUUGGGAGCUAGUAUAAAUCUCAUGUCCCUAACCAUGAUGAAAAGGAUGAAGAUUGAGGAAGUCAAGCCAACAAGGAUGGAACUCCAAUUGGCUGACAGAACAUUCAAGUUUCCACAUGGGGUAGUGAAAGAUUUACUAGUGAAAGUAGGGGAGUUCAUUUUCCCUGCUGAUUUUGUUGUGCUAGACAUGGAGGAAGAGGCCAACACAUCAAUUAUCCUGGGAAGACCAUUUCUAGCUGCUACUGGAGCCAUCAUCAAUGUACAAAAAGGGGAACUAGUCUUGAGACUGCAUGAAGAAAAAAUGGUCUUCAACGUCUUCAAAGCAAUGAGCUACCCCAAGGAAUCCAUAGGAGAAUGCAUGAUGGUAGAUAGCAUGGACCAGGUAGUUCAAGAAGUUAUGGGGGAAGAACAAUGUGAAGAAAAUAUUGAGCUGGAACAAGCAACCUUGAGGAGCUCAAUCAUGCCAACUACCACAGACAACAAAAAUGCAAGUGCACCAAAAUUAGAGCUGAAAGCCUUACCUCCCAGCUUGAAGUAUGCAUACCUGGGCACUAAUCACACUUACCCAGUGAUCAUAAAUUCUAGUCUGAGCAAGGAACAAGAAGAGGAACUUAUCCGAGUGCUGAGACAACACAAGGAUGCCAUAGGCUGGACACUUUCAGAUUUAAAGGGGAUCAGCCCUUCAAUGUGCAUGCAUAAAAUCUUACUUGAAGAGGAUGCCAAACCCUCAUGA